ACAGAGGGAUGAUACCGGGAGUAAAACUUGAGCGGAGAAACUUGAGUGUGAUCUGUCUGACGGUGUUCAUCGGCUGUCUCGUGUGGUACUACAGAACGCGAGAUUCUGACAAUACAUUCGCGUUCAACAUGGGUUCUACAGCUCCCUCGACAAAGUUCAAGUACGAGAUUGUCAAAGGCUUCUUCUACCAAGACGCGGCAGACACAGAUCCAGACUCAUUCGACUACACGCACAACUUCGGCCUCGUUAACCGCUCCUAUCCGACCGACACCAACCCCUCCGAUCCCCUCUGGCAGCGCUUUACGACCUACAUCCACCAUCUCGCCUCCGCCGCCCCAACAAAUGUAAGCUAUAAACUCCUCUACCUCGGCCGGCACGGUGAAGGAUCCCACAAUGUCGCGGAAGCUAAAUACGGGACCGAAAAAUGGGACGACUACUGGUCGAAACUGGAAGGCGACGGCGAAUUGUUCUGGGCGGACGCGCAUCUCACGGUUGUCGGCGAAGAGCAAGCGCGGACGGCGAAUCGGUUUGUGAAAAGGCAGUUGGAGAAAGGUGUGGGUAUGCCGUUGCCGGAGGCGUGGGUUGUGAGUCCGAUGUGGAGAUGUUUGCAAACUGCGCAGUUGACGUGGGAGGACGUGCAUGGGUUCAAGCCGCUGGUGAAGGAACUGGUGAGAGAGGUGUUGGGCGUGCAUACUUGUGAUCGGCGGGGGAGGCGGUCGGAGUUUGAAAAGGUGUUCAAUAAGGGGUGGGAGGUGGAGGAGGGGUUGACGGAGGAGGAUGAGUUGUGGCAAGCGGAUCAUCGGGAGACGAACGAGGAGAUUGAUGAGAGGAUUGGAGAGUGGUUGGAUGGGUUGUUUGCGAGGGAGAGGGGGGUGGUGGUUUCGGUUACGAGCCAUUCCGGGGCGAUUGCCAGCCAUUUGAGGGUGCUGGGACAUAGGGAGUUCAAGUUGUCGACGGGUGGGAUGAUUCCGGUGUUGGUCAAGGCGACGCGGCUUGAGUAA